AACUAGGUGAUCAUAUGAAUUUGACAACUGGGUGAUAUGAACACACAGACAGUUUAGGGUCCAGCUUGUUUCACACUUUCAGUUCCCAUUUGUCUGGUGAAGUCAGCGACGUUGCGUGUUUCACAGUGAAGCAAUAAGAUAAAGUUAACAUUCAUCACAAGCUUCAAGGACCAGGAUUCUCAUGCUGCCUUGUUUACAUGAUGGACGGCUAUGCUAUACCACCUGCAUCAGAGGAAAUCCUUCCAAAUGAACCAGAGAACUAUCGACCUCCUGCAGAGCUGUACCCCUACCUCACUAAUGUGGGGGAGAUUUAUGAAGACCACAGAUGGACCUUCCACUCGGAGCGUGUCCAGCCGACGGACUUUGAGAACUCUCCAGUGAAUCACCUCGUAGAGCUUCAGCCGGUGUCUCCACAACAACUGGUGCAGCCGUACCGCUUCAGCAGUGAGUCUCUGCCCCUCCACCUGGACCCUUCACUUGGACCUCUCUCUGUGUCACCACAAAUCCCGUAUUACACGCCAUCCUCGUGCUACCAGUACCAACCCUCUGCCUCGCCUGGACAUUACUACUCAGAGGAGGAACAAAGAGGAAUCAGUCCUCCGUUUGAGGUUUCAGAAGGGGAGGAUGAAUUUGAAGUCCACAGCCACUCCUCCUUCAGGAAAGACACUAGUCUCCUAUUUUCCAAUCAAGGCAACAAGAAGAAAAUCCGCCUGUACCAGUUCCUCCUGGACUUGCUAAGAAGGGGUGACAUGAGUGAAAGUAUCUGGUGGGUGGACCAGGAGAAGGGCAUCUUUCAGUUCUCCACAAAACACAAAGAAGUUCUGGCCAGCCACUGGGGUACCCAGAAAGGAAACCGCAAAAAAAUGACUUACCAAAAAAUGGCUCGAGCUCUGAGGAACUAUGGUAAAUCUGGAGAGAUUAAAAAAGUAAAGAAGAAGCUGACCUACCAGUUCAGUGAGGAAGUGCUGAGGAACUUCUAUUUACGUCAGUAUCCUCACUGAUGAGGGAAUAAAGGCUGUCUGUCAAAAUGCUGAAAUCACUUAACUAGCCUAGAUUGUGUUUUCCUGCAAUUUCACUUAGUAGUUUUUCUACAAAGUUUUCUUACCUAUUUAUUUGUGAUGCCAGUGUACAUCCUCUACGGCAUUUGUUUCCAUACAAACUCUUUCAUUUCAAACUCAAGUGGAUUUUUGUGAGUGAAUUCAUGUGUUUGUGUACUAGGAUUAAAGCAUAAUUAAACAUCAUGGAUGAAAAAAAAAUACCUACAUGAUCUUUUUGUCACAAAGGUGUGUAAAUAAAUAUUAUGUUUCAUUA